GCGCAGUCGCUGGCCCGGGGGACGCGCGUCGGCCGCGACGCCUGGGUCGAGAAGAUCGUCCAGCCCGCGGUGGCGGCGCUCGACGCGACGACGAACGAGGCGCGCGCCGUGUCGCGCUUCCUCGGCCGGAACAGGAACGUGACCAAGGCCGCGUGCGACGACCUCUACGCCCUGCUCAAGGCCGUCGGCGUCCUCGACCAGGGGGGCGCCGGCGCGAAGUACUCCGUCGCCUUCGGCCCGCGCGGGACCGACCUCAGGGACGCGCGCGUCGAGCUCCGCGCGACGCGGUGGGACGCGCUCGGCGUCGACGCGGCGCCGGCCGCGGGCGGCGACCUCGACGACCUCGACUUCGAGCCCCGAUCCGCGGCCCUCCGCCGCGCGCGGGCGCUCGUCGUCGCCGCGCGGGCGCUCGCGGGGGACGAGGGGACGCGCGCGGACGCCGCGGCGCUCGCCGAGGCCGUCCUGCCCGCCGCGCCGGUCGCGGGCGCCGCGCGCGCCGUCGAGGCCGGCGCCGGCGCCGCGGUCCCGGUCCCGGCGCGCGCCGCGGAGGCCGCCGCCGCCGCCGGCGCGGCGCCGGAGGCGCCGGCGCCCGUCGAGGCCUUCGACUUCCGCGACGACGUCGGCGCCGCGGCGCACGACUACGCGCGCGCGAACGGCUGGGGCUUCGACGCGCUCUACGAGCUCGCGCGCCUCGCGACGGCCCACGGCCAGCGGUUCGACGUCGAGGCGCUCCGCCGCGUGACGCGCGCCAAGCCCGAGGGGUCGGCGGCCAUGGUCGCGGAGCUCGGCGCGCUCGCGCGCGGCGGCGGCGCCGCGGCCGCCGCCGCGCGGCCCGCGGCGGCGGAGGCCGCGCGCGCGGCCUACUACGGCGGCCGCGUGGACCUCUCGGAGGCGCGCGACCGGGUCGUACUGGCGCGCCCCGCGCGCGGCUCGAGCCGCCUCGAGCGCCGAUUCCCCGGCGGCCGCGUGCUCCACGUCCGCUGGGACAACGGCGACAGGGGCCGGCCCGGCCGGGAGCGGCUCGCGGCCUUCGCGCGCCGGGACCUGCGGCUCUGCGGCCGCGUCUACCGCUUCCUGGGGGCGCUGCCCCACGAGGAGCAGCCGAAGCUCCUGUUCUUCGCCGUCGGCGGCGACGGGCUCGAGGACGUCGACGUGUCCGCCGCGCGCGACUUCGUCUUCCCGCUCCGCGCGCAGUCCGGGCCCGUCCUCAUGUCCAAGUACUGCAAGCGCAUCAAGCUGUCCUGCUCGGACACGCACCACGCCCUCGUGCUCGGGCCGGCGGAGAUCGCCGUCGUCGACGACCUCGUCCGCCGCGGGUCGCACGUCGACGACGGCGUCGCGUACUGCGGCCCGCUCGUCAUGCGCCGCAUCGCCCGCGCCGUGCGGCCCGGGGCGGACGUGCCCUGCGCGGCCCAGGACCUCGUCGACCUCGCGAGAGAGACGGAGAAGCGCUGGAACAACGGCACUCGGGACGCGCUCAAGAGCGCGGAGCAGCGCCGCCUCGAGGCCACGGAGGCCGCGAAGAAGGACGCCGCGCUCGCCGACGGCCUCGACGCCGCGCUCAAGCUCGUCGACGACGACCUCCGCGCGGAGACGCGGCGCCUCCGCCGGGAGGCGCGCGUCGCCCUAGGCCUCGAGCAGCCCGAGGUCGCCGUCUUCGACGCCCUCCACGCCCUCCGCGCCGCCCGGUGCGCCUACACCUGCGUCGACUGGUUCUUCCAGCGCGAGGCCGACACGACGUGGCGCACGAAGCACUUCGUCUGGGAGGUCGCCGGCGACUUCCUCCUCGACUACAAGCUCACCAUCAAGAACCGCUACGGCGUCUACGUGCAGAGCGACUCGCGCGCGCCGAGCGACGUCGCGCCGGCGAAGCGCAACGAGAGCUGGUGGUGGGCGUCGGCCGCGCUGACGGCGCGCCAGGCGGCGCGCCACGGCGACCGCUACGUGCACUACCGGGUGCCGCCGACGGGCUGCGUCGCGGCCGACGGCCUCACGGAGCUCACCGCGCCCUGGUGCAAGGUCAAGGCGAUGCUCCAGGCGAUGGACGACUUCCCCGACGCGGCCGUCUUCCUCUACCUGGACAGCGACGCGGCGGUGUCGCCGGCCUACGCGAACCGGUCGCUCGUGGCGCUCGGCGACUUCGUGGCGGCCAGCGAGGAGGACCUGCGCAAGCACUUCGAGCAGCACGUCUGGCGCUGGAACGCGGGCGGCGGCCGGGCCUGGGACGACCGCUUCCCGAGCGACGGGGCCAUGCGCGACGAGUGGAGCCGGCUCGCGGGCGAACCCUACCCGGGCCUCGACCGCGGCGGGUCCGACCUGCGCUGCAGGGAGCGGGGCCCGCUGCGGACGGGCCAGGUGCGGAAGAAGUACGUCGAGGAGGUCGUCCGCGCCUUGGUCCGCGAGCGCGACCUGCCGCUCGCGCGGUCGCUGGAGAUCGGGCCCUGCAACAACCCCAUCGACCUCCCGACGAGCCUCGUGCGCGUCGCCGACACGCUCGACAGCGAGGCCGGCGCCGCCUACUGCGCCGCGCGCGCCGUCGCCGCGCGGGGCGGCGACGCGAAUAUGUACCGGCCGACGUACGUCGACGACGGCCAGUUCCUCGCCAAGGUGCCGAGCGGCUACUACGACCUCUUGUACACGAGCCACGUCAUGGAGCACAUGCCGAACCCCAUGCUCGCGCUGCGCCACUGGCUGCGGGUGCUGCGACCCGGCGGCCUCUGCGUGACGAUGCUGCCCGACCCGUGCGAGCGCGGCCUCAUGGACCGCGCGCGCCUCGCGCUGCCGGCGGCCCACUUCGUCGCCGAGUUCGAGAGCGGCGAGACGACCCAGCACUCGGUCCUCGACGACCACGGCCUGGAGAUCGCGCUGUCCGCGACGCGGUACGCGGAGCUCGCGAUCAACAACGGCCGCCGCGCCGACGCGCUCGCGGAGCUGCGCGGCGCCGAGGCCUACCUCGCGUCGACGACCUCCAACGGCUUCCAGGCGUCCGUGAACGUGCGCCUCAAGGCCGAGCACAUGGUCAAGAUGGCCAGGUUCGUCGCGAACGCGAUCCCCGACUUCCCGCCGCUGAACGUGUCCCACGUGUCGCCGAAGCGCCUCCGGGACACGGUGGACUCGCUGCGCCAGGGGAACCAGGAGCUCGGCCACGUCCACGUCUGGUCCCACGCGACGCUCGUGGAUUAUCUUCUAGCGGCGGAGAAGGCCGUGCCCGACGACGCGCACUUCGCCGUCGCGGGCCGCUUCUCCGACGACGACGUCGCCAAGGUGCAGCGGACGUACUACGCCAUGUGCGCCGAGGCCGACUUCUUGCUGGGCCGCGUCGGCGACGUCGCCAAGGCUCGGGGCUUCUGGGACGACGCGCUCGUCGUCUUCACGAGCGACCACGGCGAGAUGAACAUGGAGCACCGCCAGGUCUGGAAGAAUUCCAUGUACGAGGCGUCGGCGCGCGUGCCGCUGAUUUUAGGCGGCGGCGCGCUGCCGGCGGGGCUGAAGCGCGGGUCCGUGGAGACGGGGCUGGCGACGCUCCUGGACAUCUUUCCGACGAUGAUGGACUUCCUCGGCGCGCCGAAUCCCCAGAAGCCGCUGCCGGGCGUCGAGCUGGGCGGGAAAUCGCUGCUUCGAAAGGAGCGCCACGCGUCCGUGAUCUCCCAGUACCACUCGAACAUGUCGCCGACGGCGGCCUUCAUGAUCCGGAGCGGCACCUGGAAGUACGUCACCUACGGCCGCACCCUCGAGGCCUUUUCGGGCUACGAGUCGAAGCUCUACGACGUCGACGCCGACCCGCGCGAGCUCCACGACGUUUUGCAGGCGCACGCCGACGUCGCCGCGCAGCUCGACAGCGUCCUGCGCGCGGAGCUCGCGACGGGGCCGAACGCGCUGUCUCCGACGGGCGACUACCAGGCCAUCGACGCCUACGCGAAGCGGCAGAACAAGGCCACGUACCUUCGAUUCUUCGCGGGCGCCCGCCUCGCGGACCGCCUCGGCGACCACGCGGCCUGCCUCGCGGCCGGCGAAGCGCGCGAGGACGCGGACUACGACGCGCCCUGCCGCUUCUCCGCGGGGAACGCGACGACGCUCCGGGACCUCUUCGACGGCGCGUACCGCGGCUUCGACGACGCCGACUGGGCCAAGGUCCAGGCCUGGGUCGCCGAGGACGCCGGCGGCGGCGGCUCGAUGGGCCACUUCGCGCCGGAGGCGGGCUUCGUCGGCAAGGACACGUCCGCCAAGGCCGCGGGCGGCUCGUCCGCGCCCGACUGGCUCGCCGCGAGGGUCGACGAGCACCGACAGGCGGCGGGCGCCGUCGAGGCCGCCCCCGCCAAGGCCAAGGCCGCCCCCGCCAGGGCCGUCGGCGAUUCGAUGGGCCGCUUCGAGUCGCUCGGCGUCGGGCCACUUCGCGUCGACUCAGCGACGGACUUCGCGUCGACGGCGGGCUUCGCCGCCAAGGCCCUCGACGGCGGCUCGAUGGAGGACCUGGAGCGCGGCGUCAAGGAGACCCAGGACCGCCUGCGGCGCCUGAAGGCGACCCAGGCCGUCGUCGCCGAGGCCGUCGAGCAGACGACCCAGGCCACCGCCAAGGUCGUGGACGCGGAGUG